AUGUUCGCCCUACGAGACGCAAUUUACCUGAUCGAACUGGCAUUCUAUGCCCCCAUCGUCCCUGCUAUUCUCUCCAUCCUCCUUCUCCAUGGCAACAAGAGUCCUUACACAUGGCGUCCGAUCGUAAUUCCCCUCAUCAUUCUUUCCGGCUUGCGAAUCACCGCAGCAGGACUCGGCCUAGCAGCCAUGGACCCCGCGAAAUCCAAUCUCCUACAAACAGCAACUCUCCUAGACACAAUUGGCCUCGCGCCAGUUUUGUGCCUCUUGAUAGGACUUCUGAUUCGGGCCAACGCCCCCGUAUACAAAGGUCUCCCUUUCUGGGUCUUCAUCCCACUGCACAUGAUUACCAUUGCUGCUACGGUAAUGACCGCAUAUGGCGGCAGAGAUCUCUAUGCAAGCCGGGAAAGUGAAGCGCAAGACCUCCGCUUAAUGCGUGCUGGCAUCGUCCUUUUUAUCGCCCUUUUCACUGUGAUAUUUCUCCUCUCUGUCAUCACCAUGCUCAAAGUGCGAGUAAAGUUCUACCGCACUGAGCGUGCGGCUGUUGUUUGUGCUUUGCUUUGUGUUCCAUUUAUGAGUGUGCGGUUGUCAUUCUCGGCUGGCUCGUUGUUCUCGGGGGCGCGGUCUGUGCUGUCCCCCAUGUCGGGAGAUGAGACGGGUAUCUGGCUUCAUUUUCUUAUGGUCAUUGUUAUGGAGUAUAUAGUUACACUGUCCGCCACGGCUGUUGCUCUGACUGCAAGGAAGGUGGUGGUUUUGACGGCGGGAAAGGAUGAGGAGUGA